AUGUCCAAUAAAAUUGUGCCUGCCAUUUACCGCGCCGUCAUCGACGACGUUAUAUCCUCUAUAAAGUCGGAUUUUGACGAAUACGGCGUUAGCGAGGAAGUCCUGGCCGAUCUCCAGCAAAAAUGGGAGAAUAAAGUCAUCGCAUCCCAUGUCGCUGAAUUCGAAGUACCCGCCCCUCCACCUCCGCCAGCAUCGUACCCACCGCACCCGAUCCAUUCACAACAACAACACCCUGUCUAUUCCAUGCAUAACCCAUAUGCGCCACCGCCUCCUCCACCUCCACCCCAGGCGACCAUGGUCAAGUCGGAACCUGUUGACAGCAGGCAUAUCUUGAACUAUCACCAGCCCAUGCCCCACUAUACCGUACCUACUCUCCCUGGCCCUCCCUUGAGGCCUCCACCCACCGCUCAGCAGCCCAUUCAACAACAACCUUACGGCUCCCAGGCAGGACGACCAGGGACAUCGGCACCGCGUCCAUACAGUGUCACGCCGAAUUCGUACCAGCAGCCCCCCGCCGCGACGGCUCAGCAAGCUACUACCGCUAGGAUUCCCCAGGUUGACGGGCCGUCUUCCAGUGGCUCGGAUUCGGGAUCCUCACCUCCCCAGCAGUAUGCGCCCAGUCGUUCGCAUCUGCCUCAGCCAGAGCAACAGCCAGCUGCGCAAGCGGAUGAUGAGGCCAUCAACAGUGACCUGGAUGACUCGGACUCCGAGGGGUCCGAAGAUCCGGAGGAGGGUGGGUUGGGCGAGACGGAUAUCGUCUUUUGCACGUAUGAUAAGGUCGCACGCGUCAAGAACAAGUGGAAGUGUGUCCUCAAGGAGGGCAUGAUCCACGUCAAUGGCAAGGAUUAUCUCUUUGGCAAAUGCAGCGGGUAA